AUGAAGGGUUUUGUCUGCUUUGGACACUGGAGAAGGUAUGUGUUGAUAUUUAUUCUUUUCGCUUCCCAUAUAACGUACACUGCAGCUGUAACACACUACUCUGUUCCCGAGGAACUGGAAGAAGGCUCUGUUGUAGCAAAUCUAGCCGGGGAUUUGGGAAUAGAUGUGAAGACACUGGUCGAACGGAAAAUGCGUCUAGAGAUCAUUGCAAAUAGAAAAUAUAUGGACGUGAACAAAGAAACAGGGGAGCUGUACAUUGUUGAACGAAUUGACAGAGAAUCUCUCUGUCCCGCUAAGACGUCAUGUUAUCUGAAAAUGGAGGCAAUAAUCGAAAAUCCCAAAAGAAUUUUUUAUAUAGAAUUGGAGAUAAUGGACAUAAACGAUAACGCGCCCCACUUCCGAAGAGACACCAUAGAUUUAGACAUUUCAGAAGGGACAGAGGCUGGAGAGCGUUUUUCAGUGAGCAACGCAGUUGAUCCAGAUGUUGGAUCGAACUCCGUGAAAGCCUACCACUUGAGUGAUAGUGAUUAUUUCACAAUUGAAAUUCAAACAGGAAGAGAUGGAUCAAAAUUUGCUGAUUUGAUCCUUACAAAAAAACUAAACCGAGAGGAACGCGCUGUUCAUAAUUUAAUUCUUACAGCCGUAGAUGGCGGUAUACCGCCUAGUUCAGGAACUGCUACUGUUUUUGUUCACGUUUUAGAUACAAAUGACAACGCCCCUAAAUUUGAAGAAGACAGUUAUCAGGUUAGUGUACUGGAGAAUUCUCCAGUUGGAAGUAUUGUUAUUUAUCUUAAUGCGACAGAUUUAGAUGAAGGCUUAAAUUCAGAAAUAGUAUAUUCAUAUAGUUUGUAUACAUCGGAAAAAACACAGGAAACCUUUAAUCUAAACCCUACGACGGGUGAGAUUACUGUAAAGGGGGUGUUAAAUUAUGAAGAUUUCAGGAUUUAUGAUAUGGAAGUUAUAGCAACCGAUAAAGGGGUUAGUGCAUUAUCAGGCCAAUGUAAAAUUAAAAUUACUGUAGAAGACAUGAAUGAUAAUCAUCCACAAAUUUCUAUUAAAUCAUUUCAAACUCCAGUCACUGAAAACAUCGAGUUGGACACAGUGAUAGCUGUAGUUAGUGUCAGUGAUAAAGAUUCAGGUGAUAAUGGAAUAGUUGAUCUUCAUAUUCCAGAUAAUAUGCCUUUCAAACUGAGGGAGUCCUCUGAGAACAUUUAUGAAUUUGUAGUGUCGGAGCCGUUGGACCGUGAGAAGGUGCCAGAAUAUGACAUCACUUUCACUGUGACAGACAGAGGCUCUCCUCCUUUAUUUGACAAUGAAACUAUGACUUUAGAGCUGCUGGAUGUUAAUGAUAAUGUCCCACAGUUCCCCCAGUCAUUUUAUACUAUACGUGUCAUGGAGAAUAACGCACCUGGGGCCUUGCUCAGCUCACUCACUGCCUUUGACCCUGACCUCCAUGAAAACCAGUAUCUAGUUUAUUUCAUAAUAGAGAAGGAGAUAGCCAACACCUCCAUGUCUAUGCUGUUCUCCAUCAAUCCAGAGAACGGUAAUCUUUACGCACUCAAAACCUUUGAUUAUGAGAUCGAGAAGGAGUUUCUGUUCCACAUCGAGGCCAGAGACUCUGGCUCUCCUCCUCUCAGCAGUAACGUGACCGUCCACAUCAUUAUUGUGGACCAGAACGACAAUGCUCCAGUUAUUGUGUCUCCAUGGCGUGCACACGGCUCUGUGGUGGAGGAAAAGAUCCCCAGAUCCACUGAUAAAGGCUCCCUGGUUACCAAGGUGAUAGCCUUAGAUACUGACUCUGUGCACAACUCUCGGAUCACCUACCAGUUUCUACAGGUGACUGACGCCACCUUGUUCAGUCUGGACCAAUACAAUGGAGAGAUCCGGACUAUGAGGAUGUUCAGUUACAGAGAUCCACGCCACCAGAGGCUUGUUGUUGUAGCCAAGGACAAUGGAGAGCCUGCUCUCUCUGCUACAGUCACCAUCAAACUGAUCACAAUGGAGACUGCUGUUAAAGCCCACUCUGACAUGACUGAGGAGCCUCUGGAAUAUGACAUCUUCUCAGACAUCAACCUGUAUUUGGUCAUCGGUCUGGGCUCGGUGUCAUUUCUGCUGCUCAUCACCAUAUUGGUCACCAUCGUGAUCAAGUGUCAGAAACCCAAGCCCAGCAAAGCAGCUCCUCCCUCCAGGAACAGUGUGAUCAGUGAGAGGAACUCCACCAUCGCAGACUCCACUCUGGUCUCCAAUGAUGCCUACUGGUACAGUCUGUUUCUAGCAGAGACCAGGAAAGGAAAGCUGGUGGUUAGACAGCCUCUGCCAAAGGGCUCCAGGUACAUUGUGUCCAGCAUACCCAGAGGGACAGGACUGACAGACACUAGUGACUCAGCAGCUUCUACUCUGCAGGUAUGGAGAAACAAGGAGUGA